CCAGCCCUCCGCGGCGCGCAGCCCCGACGGGGCCGCGGCGGGCGCCUGGCGAGUGCUGACGGAGCCAUGAGAGAGUACAAAGUGGUGGUGCUGGGCUCGGGCGGCGUGGGCAAGUCCGCGCUCACCGUGCAGUUCGUGACGGGCUCCUUCAUCGAGAAGUACGACCCCACCAUCGAGGACUUCUACCGCAAGGAGAUCGAGGUGGACUCGUCGCCGUCGGUGCUGGAGAUCCUGGACACGGCGGGCACCGAGCAGUUCGCGUCCAUGCGGGACCUGUACAUCAAGAACGGCCAGGGCUUCAUCCUCGUCUACAGCCUCGUCAACCAGCAGAGCUUCCAGGACAUCAAGCCCAUGCGGGACCAGAUCAUCCGCGUGAAGCGGUACGAGCGCGUGCCCAUGAUCCUGGUGGGCAACAAGGUGGACCUGGAAGGCGAGCGCGAGGUCUCGUACGGCGAGGGCAAGGCCCUGGCCGAGGAGUGGAGCUGCCCCUUCAUGGAGACGUCGGCCAAAAACAAAGCCUCGGUGGACGAGCUGUUCGCCGAGAUCGUGCGGCAGAUGAACUACGCGGCGCAGCCCAACGGCGACGAGGGCUGCUGCUCGGCCUGCGUGAUCCUCUGAGGCGCCGCGGCCGCCACGCGCCCCCCACCCCGGGCCGCGCUCCGCGCACAAAAGCCAAACGCACCGACUCUGCCCGUGGGAUUUCUCGUCCGGCU